AAUACAAUGUUUAAAUCAAGAAUUUUCAGUCGUUUCUUCCAAAAUAUAGAAAGGAAUCCAUGAAGACAUCCACCUAUAUUCUAGCUUCAAUUCUUGCAUUGCUUUUUCUGCUUGGUGCAAAAUCAGUAAAUGCUCAAGAAGUUGAGGAUGAGAGAGAAUUUGAUUACGCGAAGGAAAGCGAUAAGGGUCCGAGAAAAUGGGGAGAGUUGAAGAAAGAAUGGGCAGCAUGCAAGGAUGGAAAAUUGCAGUCUCCCAUUGAUAUGUCAAAUGAAAGAGUGAGAGUUAUCUCGAAACCAGAAAACAGGAAUUAUAAGCCUUUCAAUGCCACUGUCAGGAAUAGAGGUCAUGAUAUUUCGCUUCGUUGGAACGGUGAUGCAGGAUCGAUAUUGAUCAAUGGGACGGAGUACCCUCUUCGACAAGCUCAUUGGCACUCUCCUUCUGAACACACUAUUAAUGGUAGAAGGUACGCCAUGGAACUGCACUUGGUACACCAAACCUCGGACCUAAAUGUGAAGAACCGGAUAGCCGUUACUGGUGUCUUCUACAAGACUGGCAAACCUGAUAAAUUUCUCUCCAAGGUAAAAAUUUGAUAAAAUUCAUGAUAAUAAUUCCUUUGUAU